AUGCGCGUAUUCUACCGCCUCGGCUCGGUCUGCAGCGGGUCUCCCGUGCUCAUGGCGCUCUCAGCGCUAAUCUGUAGUGCCGUGAUGUGUCUCGGACUCCUCAACAUGCAGCUGCAGACCGAUCCACAGGGACUCUGGGUGCCUCCCAACAGCGUCGCGGCUCGGGAACAAACGCGCUUCGAUGAGCUUUUCGGACCUUUUUUCCGCAUCCAGCAGCUCAUUUUCUACGUCGAAGGAGACACAAACCCCAACUCAGACUCAGAGUUGGUCCCUGCGACGUGUGACGCCAACCACGAUUUGGUCCAGCGGCAGUUUCUGGUGCAGAUGGCCAAAGUGCAGACCCAAAUCACAAACGCCGAUUUCUGCUACCGACCGAUCAAGGGCAAAGGGUGUUUGAUCACCAGUCCGUUCCAGUACUGGCUGACCAAUUCCACUUUGCUUCAACAUGACCCGGACAUUAAGCUCACAACAGCCUGUCAGACGACAGACCCCGUACUUAAAGACCAUUCCCCCUGCAUGGACCAAAAUGGCGUACCAGUGAUGAGAAACGUCGUAUUUGGCGGGUUAUCGAGGGAUGAGUGUCAUCAGAACCCAGACCCGUGUGGAGAAGCUACACCUCAAGCCAAGGCUUUGAUGGUCACGUUUUUGCUGAAUAAUAACCCAGAGAACGAGACGUUCACACGGUAUGCUAAAUUAUGGGAAAAGGAAGUGUUUCUCCUUAUUGCAGAACAGGCAGCCGAGUCCUUGAAGCCUUCUGGAGGAAAUACAAGUGGAGAAUUUAUCUGGGACAGCGUGGAAGACCCGGAGCUGGCAGAUGCUGGUGUCGACGGCAUGAGGCUCACGUACAUGGCGGAGCGGUCAGUUGCGGAUUCGUUGGUGGUACAGACAAACCAGAAUGCAUUCAUUGUGGUUGUCAGCUACCUCGUCAUGUUCCUCUACGUGUCGGCGUCUCUGGGUAAGUUUUCGGACCCGGUACGAUCACGUUUCGGACUCGGAUUGACAGGUAUUCUUAUUGUACUGCUUUCACUUGGUGCUGCUAUGGGUAUAAGCUGUACCCUACUGCAGAUGGAGGUGACGAUGAUCACGUUGGAAGUCGUUCCGUUCUUGGUACUUGCCAUUGGUGUGGAUAAUAUGUUUAUUUUAACCAACGAGUUCGACAGAUUGGCAACUCUUCGUGGUCUUGCAACGCUGGAUACCAAGCGCAACACACGUGAUCGAGCCGAAGACGAGCUGUUGAUGUUGAAGCAAGUUAUGGGAGAAACUAUGGCCAAUGUGGGUCCUUCGAUUGUCGUUGCGGCUAUGGCGGAAUCGUUGGCCUUCUUGGUGGGCGCACUCACCCGCAUUCCGGCGCUAACGAGCUUCUGUGUUGUGGCCGCGUUGGCUGUUGCCGCUAACUUUGCGCUUCAGAUGACGUGGCUCGCGUCGGCACUUGUGCUAGACGCACGUCGUGUGCGUGCUCGUCGAUAUGAUUUAUUCCCGUGGGUCAAGCAGAAGCUCACGCUCACGCCGCCAGUGAAGGGGAAGAGAAGAGUCGAGUCCAAGGAUCACUACCAGUACGACUUACUUCGCUUUGUGGAGAGAACGUACAUUCCGUUUCUGCUGCGUCGAUCUACGAAAGUGGUGGUGCUUGUAACAGCAGUUUUAACUCUGACGCUAAGCGCUUUCGGCUCGUCCGAGUUGCCGCUAGGACUGGAGCAAGAACUUGCUGUGCCUACUGACUUUUAUCUUCACGAGUAUUUCAAGAAACAGACGGCACUUGGCGAGGCUGGGCCUCCAGCGUAUGUUGUUCUGGACAGCGAUGUGGACUACACAGAUGCGCAUCUGCAGCGAGAUGUGAACGUGCUCUUAGACGAGCUUUCAGGUCUUCGGCAGUACAUCGACUUGCCCAUUCACUCGUGGCUGCACACGUUCAACCAGUGGCGACAAAUGCGCUUUUUCCUUCACGACAAAAUCGAUCAGGGACUCUGUGACUGUCCAGUGCAGCCAAUGGAUCCGUUCCCUUAUGAGUUGGCAGACAUUGGGAAUAAGGAGCGAGAGGACGUGUUCACGGCCAUCGAGUACGGAUAUGGCGCGCCUAUGGUCGCCAAUGUGACUCCCAACGCCCUGUUCUACCCGUUGGUGAAGAAUUUUACUGGCAUCUCAAUUGAUUCGACAUGUUGUCAGCACUUUGGCCUGUGUGGUGCGCAAUAUGAAGGUGACAUCAUCUUCAAAGAGCCAAAGGCUGAUGACGAUAGCAGCGUGUCCAUCGUUGGCUCUCGAAUGCGCUUCCAGCUGAACGCACUUCGCAAUCAGUCGAUGUUUGUGAACUCGUACUUUUAUCUGCACGACGUGACGAGUCGGUGGAGUUCUGGUCGAGCUGCAACUGCAUUCCCGUACGCUCUUGUCUUCGUCUUUGAAGAACAGUACACUUACAUCCAGGGAGUGGCUUUGCAGAGUGUGCUGCUGUCAUUAGCUGUUGUGUUUGGCGCGGUAUUUGUGCUCAUGGAUGGAAGCUUGCGAUUGACUACUGUGGUUACUCUGUGUGUGCUUUCGAUGGCCUUCUCGCUAUUGGGUUUCCUUUUCGUGUGGAAUCUUCUAGCUGGACCGGGUGCUGAGACGUCUAUCAACGCUGUAUCGGUCGUGAACUUGCUCGCCUGUAUUGGACUCGGUGUUGAGUUUUGCGUGCAUAUGGCUCAUCAGUUUUCUUUCUCGGGGAGGCAUCACCUGGGAACAACUGGCAACGACCACACUCGUUAUGCUCUGACCAGCGUUGGCGCGUCAGUUUUCUCAGGAAUCACACUCACUAAGCUCUGCGGCAUUGGUGUACUAGCGUUUGCACCGUCCAUGUUGUUCCGCGUGUAUUUCUUCCGGAUGUACUUUGGCAUUGUUGUGCUGGGUUGCUUCCACGGUCUUGUAUUACUGCCGGUGCUACUCAGUCUAAUUGGUCAGCCACAAAAGUACCCGAAUGAUCUGAGCUCGUUCCUGCUGUCAGAAGAGCGCGAGGACGAGUUUGAGGACGAACUUAGCGUAUUCAAGUAG